GAGCCGUUCAAUAGACUCGGUUCCCAUCGUCACCGCUCUCCUGAAGAAGAAGCGGAGCUGCAUCACCGUCGCCAGUGAAGGGAGCAGGCCGACAGACGGACACACAGACAUGGGGAAGAAAAGCCGCCUCACCGGAGGAGCGGUCGGUCGGAGGACGAUCCUACAGCUGUCUCCUCCCGGGCUCCGCGGCGGGAACACCGGGGAGAGGGAAGAAGCGCCCUCGGGAUCCGACGAUGAACAGGAAGGCGAUGGCCCCAAAUUCGUGAGAGCAAUACGCACAAACAUGAAGGCUCCUGCAGUAAAGGCCACAGAGGGGCUGUCUUUGCUUGGAGCCUACGAGGACAGCGAUGAUGAGGAAGCCGGAGAUGCUCUUUCAGCUGCAAAUUCUCAACGUAACCAGUCGACUGAUAUUGACAGCACGUUGGCCAAUUUCAUGGCUGAGAUUGAUGCAAUCACCACUCAGCCAAGUUCAGACGAUGCAGCACCUCAUUCUUCAGUCCCGACUACCGCCCCUCCCAGACCUGAGGCCAAUGCUCAGCAACCCGCUGCCGGUGGAGAACAGAGUCAACAGAGCACAGAGUUUGAGUACGACACUCAGUACUCACUAGCCGGAGUGGGCGUAGAGAUGGGAGACUGGCAGGAGGUAUGGGACGACAACUCGGGCUGCUACUACUACUGGAACACUCUGACCAACGAAGUAUCCUGGGAGCUGCCACACUAUCUAGCUGAUCAAGUGCAAAGCCUGGGGCAGUAUGCCAACAGCUCUAGUGUCAAUGGCAACGGGACAGUGCAUGCAGGUUAUCCCACUGAGGAAAGCGCUGCAUCCACUGCAGCACCGACAUUAAUGAAAGAGACCAAAGUGAAGGAGGUAAUUGAGAGUGUUGUAGGCCUCACGAGCGAAGAGGAGGACCGCCGUGGAGUGGCUGCAUCUCUGCUCGGUCCUCUGAUCCCCUCUGAGGUGAAAGAGGCAGAAGAAAAAUGGAGAAAAAGGCUGCUUAAAGGGUUGGAUGAGCCUGAGAACAGUUUGGAUUCGGAUGGAGAAGGUAUCCGCCCUGCAGGAUCCCCCGCUGCCCCCCUGCAGGAACCUGACGCAGUCCCCGCGGUCCAGAAGGAACCUGGCACAAAGAAACAAUCGGGAGACAACUCGGAUGCUGAGGAAACAGAGGAGGACACAGUGGAACUGGAACUAGCGCUGGAGAGGAAAAAGGCUGAGCUACGAGCGCUGGAGGAGGGUGAUGGGAGUGUAGGGGGCUCCAGUCCUUGUUCUGAGACAAGCCAAGAAGCCUCUGGUUCUCGCGGUGUUCCCCUGAAGAAGAACCGAUGGAAGACUGCCUUCCCAUGUGCUGCCAGCCCCGACUCCAACAGCCGAGGCUCAGACCUGCAGGACAACACCGAGACAGCACCUGCUAAAGUCCUAGAAAGUGUUGUGGAAGGAGAAGACAAGGAAACGGACAGUUCGGAGGAGAAAACUCUUUCAAAACCCCCGGUUAAAGAAGAAGUGGAAACGCCUGAGCUCAAGUUUCAGAUUGGACAACUGGCUAACACCUUAACCAGCAAGAUGGAGUUCCUGGGGAUAAACAAAAAGGCGAUCUCAAACUUUCAGUUACUUCUGCUACAAACUGAGACUCGGAUUUCUGACUGGAGGGAGGGCGCUCUGAACGGGGUCUAUCUUCGCCGCAGGCUGCAGGAAGCUGCUGAACACAUAAAAUAUUACGAACUUAACGCCACCCCUAAAGGCUGGUCCUGCCACUGGGACAGAGAGCACAGGCGGUACUUCUAUGUGAACGACCGGACCAGUGCCUCCCAGUGGGAUUUCCCAACAGAGGAGGACGAGGACCUAAAGGGCGGCCAAGGUAGCCAGACACAGACUUCCGGCCAGGGGGAUACCAAAGCAGCAUCUGCAUCUGCGGGUGGGGUCACAGGAUCUGCAACUGCUCCCCCGCCACCAGCGCCUCCUCAACCCAGUGCACCAUUUUUCUGGUCCCCAUCUCAACCUCCCCUUCCUGACAGCCCACCUCCGCCUUCCAACUACCCGCCGCCUCCGCCUCUCCCCCCGGGCUCCCCACCUCCACCGCCUCCCCCUCCUGACAGCGAUAGCGAGAUCAUGGAGGUGGAGAUGGAGAUGGAUGAUGACAAUGACGCAGAGCCUCCGGCCCCUGGAACCGAGGAAGACGGCAGUGGGAGGCCUCCUCUACCUCCAGGCACUGCUAGCAUUAAGAUUGUGGAGUCGUCGGGCCCCUUGGGGAAGGGUCAGAAACGCAAAGCCAGCCAGAUGAAUAAAGCCAUUACUAUCGGCAGCAGUCCCAUUCUCUACACCCAGCCUGCUGCCAGUGCAGCUCCUAUAAUGUCAGCAACUGCCUACUGGGGCGUCCCGGCUGUCGUUGCCCCUUUGGUCCCAUGUGAACCUCCUCCCCCGCCUGUCCCAGCACUACCACCUCAACCACCACUGCCACCAUCCCAGCCGCCCUGUGAACCUCCAGGAGCCAAAGCUGUGGCCACAGACAAGACCAAGAAAACAAAAAAGGAUAAGUCAAAGAAGAGUAAGAUCAAAAUGCCUUCGCUGGUGAAGAAGUGGCAGAGCAUCCAGAAGGAGUUGGAUGAGGAAGAGAAGAGCAGCUCCAGUGACGAGGACCGAGAUCAGCUGAAUAAGAAGAGUAUCGAGGAGUGGAAGCAACAGCAGUUCGUGACAGGAAAAGCUUCAAAGAAUGCUAACUUUGAGGCACUUCCUGAUGACUGGCGGCAGCGACUGAAGAAAAAGAAGGUGGCGAAUAACACGUAACAUCUGGAUUGGGUCCUACUUCGACCAAUACAACGUUUUUUAAAAAAAUCCACUCCAACCAUUACCACAAAGGUCGCCCUUCCCCUGCUUAAGUUUUGUUUAAUGAUCUGUGGACUUUCUUUUACAUUUUCUUUGGCCAUGAUGAAGACAUUUCGAGGCCCUUACAUGGCAGGCCAUUCACCGAAAGGGUUUGAAUGUCAGUUUCUUUUUUCUUUUCUUUUUUUAGCCAUUAUUGUAAAUGUGCCAAAUGUCUCGAGUUCAUCAGAAAUACUUCAACACUGUUUUGUAUAGACCCCAUAUAGAGGACCACCACAGUUUGUUUGGAGGGAUUAUCUAUUUUAUUGAACAUUUUUACAACUGUGUACAUACAAUGUAUAAUGGGAUAAGCCAUGUUUUUGGAAGGGGAGGGAACAUCACUGAACUUGUACAUUUUGUAAAAAGUUAUUAAACUGUUUUUCCAAAGUCA